CUAAAACGUUCUUUCCAAACAGAAAUUCUAUGUUGUGUAAUUACAUUAACGAGUUAGUCAAUACGUUCAUAUUUCUUAUCGACUAGCGGUUAUUGUUUAUGCUAUACUUAUAUAUUAGUCACCCAAGUCCGUCACGUUCCUCUCAUUUGUUAAUAUUUCAAUGAUCAAAUUAUCAAAUCCGUAUGAAAUGCUAAAGUAUGAAAUUCGCAAAUUCGCGGUUCUUAGCGCAGAAAUCAGCGCACUCUGGUGACGAAUUACGCAUUCGUCCCACCAUUGAGCGGAUGCUGCCUCGAACGGUGAACACGUAAAUUAAACGAUGUUUCCAUCUCCUAUCUCUUGUUUUUUAGCAAUGCUGUUUCCUAACUUCACUGUUGUGAACUCACUUUUGUUUGAGCUGAAAUUUGGUGUCUAUCGUCUGGGACUCGAUGCGUCUGGUCCUGUAUUCAUCGAUUAUCUCUUCAAUUUGAAAUUCAAUUGAAUUCACUCAGCGAGGUUUUAUCGAGAAAAUAAAGUGUUGUUUAAUUUUUUUAAUUAUUAUUUUAUUAUUUCAUUGGCGAAUUAGCAAUAAAGAAAGACCUGUGCGGCGUGGUCAGGAAUCCUUAAGAGCUGCACGACGAAUAAAGGUCUCUUGAUGGUUUUUGGCUUGGUCGGUGUAAAGUUUACCGUUGACCUUUGAGAUUCGAAAAAUGAGGGUUAUGACGCUCUCUAAUAAUAAUCAACAAAGCUCCAAGAUUUUUAAACAAUAUUUUUGAUUCGGAAAGUUAUUCGUUUCAUUUCCGAGUACUCAGGAGUUCUGUAUUGUCGAAAGUUUUCAACGAGAGUUCCAUAAAAAUUGAAUUACAAACAGCAAAAACACUAUGGGGUCUGUAAGCCUGGUUUGUCCUAUGUGUUGCGGUGAGACAUUUGACAACUCUCAGUCUCUCAAGUAUCACUUGUUGAGUAUGACUGAUAAUCUCUAUUGUCCGAAUUGUGCUGAGCGUUCGGAUUCCGUCGGUGCACUCAUACAGCAUUUAGAUUCCUGCGGUGAUAAUCGCGAACUCAUCAAUAUUUACCCAUCAAAGGAAUACAAAAAUGCAUCAGGGGAUGCAGAAAUGGAUGACACUCAUUGCGGGUUUUUGGCUACCGUAAGCGAAGAUGGAGGAAUUGUAAUGGUUGGGGAUAACUGUAAUCUGGAUGACACUAAAGCGCGAGAUAGUACAGAUAUCCAAACAGCAGUGAGUAACCAUGAUGGUGUAUUAGAAUUCCCAAGUGAAAAAGAAGAGGAGAUUCUUGGGAUAUGUGAGAAAGAUAAUUGGUCAAAAUUUAAUGAAGAGAAGAAUUCUAAUGGCAUUGUGGAGAAGCAACUAGAACUUGUUAGUGGAAACAAUAUGGAGGUUGAGAAUCCGCUGGAGAUGAGCUCUUUUGAAGAAGUUUCUAGGGAAGACCUGGAUGAAACGCAGCUUGUCCAAGUAAAAGAGGAGAUGCCCGAGGUAGAAUCAGAUGCUCUUUAUAGUUGCAGCAGUUGCGACAUGAGUUUUAACAGUGUCUUAUCUCACAUAAAAGAGUAUCACGAUGGGCAGGAAGUAGUUCUUGAAAUGGCUGAACAGCAGAUGGGUGAUUUUUCCGAGGAAACCGAGACGCAGGACCACGAGGAAGAUAGAGGAAUGAAAAAUGAAGUUUUUUUGGAAGAAAAUUCGAGCGUUGACUCGGGUCGUUCUCUAGGGAAUUCUUCUGGUGGCAUGCCCAGACAACGUCGGACCAUGAACACUCUGAGAACCGAAGAGUGCGUCGACAGCGAAGGACGCCUCUAUACGAGAAAAGUUGUGCAGAUCGAGAGGUUUUGGGACCGUGGAACCGAGGGAGGCAUCGGAUCUCAAUCACAUUCCCAACAACGUCAGUCUCAACACUCAUUGAAGAGUGCUUCGAUGAUUGAGAAAUUUUUUUCAAAUGCAGAGGGCUUGAAAAUUCGGACGAAAAGCCCGAAAACGCUAAAAGUAGUUUCAACAAAUACGACGGCUCCGAUAACCGCAUCAACGACAACAAUUUCAACCUCUACAUCGACUACUGAUAGUACUUCAACAUCGUCCUUCCAAGCCACUGCACCGCUUACGAUUAGAAUGUACAGAUGCAAUAAAUGUUUGGAGCAAUUUGUUAAGUUAGCAGAUUUCCGUGUUCACGCCUGUAUUCACGGCAACAAUCAGUGCGAUCUUUGUGAACAAGCCUUUGCGAGCGUAAAAGCUUUGCAGUUGCACUCGCGGAUUCACGAGGCUGAAGCUGAGGAUGGAAACGACAGCAAUUUUGUUUGUCAAACUUGUGGUACCGAAUUUGCGUCGCACAAAAGCCUCAGAUUGCAUUCCAGAAUGCACGCACCAGUUAGAGCAAGACACGUUGAUGCACCUGAAGGUACCGCCACAGAGAAUUUCACCUGUAUCGAAUGCGGUAAAACGCUUUCGGAGUCAUACAGAAAAGCUCAUAUGGCACUACACAAAGGAGACUCGGUUACUUGUUCCGUUUGCAAUAGAAAAUUCGACUCGGCUGAUAGCCUUGCGAUGCAUGCUGCGGUACAUGUAGAUUUUGCACAAUCACAACAGCAGCAGCAACAACAACAACAACAACAACAACAACAACAACAACAACAACAACAACAACAGCAGCAGCAUAAACAAGAUAUGGUACAAUCAUUGGAAGAGCAGAGAAUAGACGACGAAUCGAAUGGAGGAAAACGUAUAAAAAUAGGGAAGGAAGCGGAUAAGAGCGGAGGAGUCGGAGAUGCUCCAGAGAAACCGUAUCAGUGUCAGCAUUGCGGUAGGAGAUUUACCAGGCCGCACGAAAAAGUAAAACACGAGAGAAUACACACAGGAGAAAAGCCUCAUGCUUGUGAGGUUUGUGGGAAAACUUUUCGUGUGUCUUACUGCCUGACGCUUCAUAUGAGAACUCACACAGGAGUACGUCCGUAUGCCUGCCAGCACUGCGGCAAACGAUUCAAGGCUUCCUCGGUGUACAAUCACCAUCUUUUGACGCACGGCGACGAGCGGGCGUACACCUGCCCGUAUUGUCCCAAGACAUUCAAAACUCGUGUGCAACUGGCUGGUCACAAAAACAGUCACACAAAACCCUUCCGAUGCACCGAGUGUUCGCGACCAUUUGCCUCUCUAUACGCCGCCCGCGCUCACAUUCAAACUCACAAGAAAGAUAAUAAUUUGAAGUUCAGUUGUUACAUAUGCGGGGCUUCUUACGGACGAGCAUUUGCUCUUAAAGAUCAUCUCAAACAACACACCGGACAGGACACUGUCGUUCCACCGCCGGAACCCGCUCGCGAGGAAGAAGUCAUCGACGCUGAUGAAUUUAUCAUGAGUGGCGAGACCGAGGAAUACGAGGAAAUUGAGGAAAUUGAAGAAAUUGAAGAGGAAGAGCACAAAUUAGUUCAAGUUGCGGCUGCUGCGGCCGCGGGCCACGUUAGUAUUUCUUCCUCGAACUUUAUCGACUGCAACAAUCAAUCGGAAUCAAUCGGAUAAUUUGACGGCAAAUGCGCAAUAUUUUAUGCUAAAUCAUGCGCAAACCCAUAUUCUCCGUUAUAUUCGCUUCGUAACGAUUAUUGCAGUCAGUUUCAUUUGCAUUUAAAACUUUUGUUUUUUCAGUCUGUUGUCUUUUCAAAAUACAUUCGUUACAUGCAUUAGUUGAAAUGGUAUUUGCCCUCUCAAGUUGUUUAAUGUGCCCAAUUAUAUGUUCGUCGAAAGUGAUACGAACGCCGUAGCGUCCAAUCUGUUGGUUAUGCUACCAUUCAAUCCGCGUUUGCUCGUCAGCGACAUGUAUCUGAUGUUGAGAAAUAUAUUUUUAUUCAUUAUUGAGAAUCAUCUUCAUUAUGUGUCAAAAAAAAAAAACAUGCGUAGGUCUACUUGAAAUUAUAUGGACCAUUUAUUUUAUUCAUUAUGCAUUAAGCAAAACAAGUGGGGAUUAAUAAAUUUUUGAGAUCACAGUGUUUAUUACAAAUAA